AUGUCCAAUAACCUACAAAGGGUCUUCUUGAAACCUACAGAGGAAAAGUCAGGCAACGCCUCGCAUUGUGUUUCAGGCUGCAUGUACCAAGUAGUUCAGACGAUUGGCUCGGAUGGAAAAAAUCUUCUGCAAUUACUUCCAAUUCCUAAUUCCUCUGGAAAUCUUAUGCCACUAGUUCAAUCUUCAGUCAUGUCUGAUGCUUUGAAAGGGAAUACAGGAAGUCCAGUUCAAGUUACUUUUCAGACUCAGAUUUCCAGCUCUUCCACAAGUGCAUCAGUUCAAUUGCCCAUUUUUCAGCCAGCCAGUUCUUCAAACUGUUUUCUUACAAGAACAGUAGAUACAGCAGAAAAAGUUAGAGUUACUUCUGUGGGAACUGAAAAUUUUACCUCAUCAGUUUCUAAAGUUCAGAGUCAUGGUGUGAAAAUUGAUGGACUCACCAUGCAAACAUUUGCUGUUUCUCCCUCUUCAACACAAAAUGAUUCAUCUUACAUUUUAGUAAAUACCCAGAGUCUCCCAAUGACUGUGAAGUCUCCGGUUUUGCCUUCUGGGCAUCAUUUACAGAUUCCAGCCCAUGCUGAAGUGAAAUCUGUACCAGCGUCAUCAUUGCCUCCUUCAGUUCAGCAAAAGAUACUUGCAACUGCCACCACAAGUACCUCAGGAACAGUUGAGCCCUCCCAAAUACCUACUGUUAUUUAUGUAUCUCCUGUAAAUACAGUGAAAAAUGUAGUUACCAAGAACUUUCAAAACAUUUACCCAAAACCUGUUACAGAAAUAGCAAAGCCAAUGAUUCUAAACACCACACAGAUUCCAAUGAAUGUUGCUAAAGAGACACAGUUAAAAGGUGGUCAGCAUUCUCAAGCUGCUCCAGUGAAAUGGAUUUUUCAAGAAAAUCUACAGCCUUGCACUCCAUCUCUUGUUCCUGUUAAAUCUUCAAAUAAUGUGGCUUCAAAGAUUUUAAAAACUUUUGUAGAUAGAAAAAAUUUGGGAGAUAAUACUGUAAAUAUGCCACCAUUGAGUACCAUCAGUCCUAGUGGGACACAAUCCAAAAGUAUGCCUAUUAAAGAUAAUGCUUUGGUUAUGUUUAAUGGGAAAGUCUAUCUCUUGGCUAAAAAGGGGACAGAUGUUUUGCCAUCACUAAUUGACAAACAGAAUUCAGUUUCUUCUGAUAUUCCACCAAGAAAAGAUGCAUCACAGAUAGUGAGUUCAAGUCCAGUCACAGAAAUAUCCAGAGAGGUUGUAAAUAUUGUUUUGGCUAAAAGUAAAUCUUCCCAGAUGGAGACAAAAUCAGUUUCAAAUACUCAGCUUGCUUCCAUGGCCAAUUUAAGGGCAGAGAAGAAUAAGAAAGUGGAGAAACCAUCUCUUUCUGCCCCAAACCCACAUAGUAUGAACCAAUCUAUUAACUACUUAAAGCAGAGUAAGACUUUAUUCUCAAAGCCAGUCUUACCAGAUGGAUUUAGUACAGGACAAAAUGCCCCCAGGAAAGGAAAUAUCAUCCAGAGCAUAGAGAAAAUAAGUUCCUCUGUUGAUGCAACAACUGUUACUUCACAACAGUGUGUUUUCAGAGACCAAGAACCAAAGAUCCAGAAUGAGAUGGCACCAACACUAGAAAAAGUUACUCAAGAAAGAAAUGAUAAGAACAGUUCUCAACGAAGAAGCAAAAAGGCGUCAUAUCUGAAGAGUGAUGCUGAACUUAAAAAGAUAUAUGGUAUCACUAAAGAUUUGAGAGUCUGCCUUACUCGGAUUCCUCAGCAGUUGGGCUCUGGAGAAGGUUUUGAUUCCUUUAGCCCUUUGGUGAAGAAUGAAACUUACAAAGAGGCAGAGUUUAUAGUGAAGGAGGAAGGGAGAAAACAGGGUAUUGAUAAGAAAAGAAAAGCAAAAACCACUAAGAAGAUGGAUCGUCCAAAGAAGAGAAGAACCAAUAGUGUUAAUAGCACAACUAUAAAUGGAGGAGCUAAUGUCACCAGUUCCCAGGUCAUUAGCAGUAUUUUACCAACUUCAGAUGUGUCAAACCAUAACAUCCUCACAAGCUGCAACAAAACCAGAGAAGAAAAGAGAACUGAGGUAGAGCAUUGUACUCAUGGAAACCAAGAAAAAGGCACAUUGAGCUCAAGUACAGCUUUUGAACAAAUCCAUUCCUUUAAUAAAAAUUAUACUGAAGAUAUUUUCCCAAUGACACCACCAGAGUUAGAAGAAACCAUUAGAGAUGAAAAGAUAAGAAGACUUAAGCAAGUGCUGAGAGAGAAAGAAGCAGCUCUUGAAGAAAUGCGUAAGAAGAUGCAUCAAAAAUAA